UUUUUCUCCCCCCAUUCUCUUCUGCAAAGCAUUACUGGGAUUUCAAUGUGAUGAUGUCAUGGUUUUAGCUUGAGGAUGCAGGAAGCCUAUGUAACCGAACCAAAACCUUGCCAGGGAUCUGUAGUGGGCCCCAGUGGCUUGAUGGCCGAGGUGGUCUUUUUUUAGACCGGUUUGAAGGCAAGGGUACAUGUCGCUACACUGGCUGGAACAGAAAGUGAUGCAUUACACACUUAGGAAAGCGGGGGAUCAGGAGACAGGGGACAACACGGUGCAAGAGGAAAGCAUCCCUGCCAGCACCUCUGGUUGGAGAAGAGGUUCCAGAAGAUGUGGAGGGAGCAGAACAGGAGGAGACCUGACAAGGAGCUUUCUGGUGCAGAAAGACCACACGUCGCGCAAUAAUGGAGGGAACCCGACAGACUAGAAUCUCUCGCCCGCACAAAAUAAGCGAAUCCUCAAAGGUGUACCGAUGGGCUGACCACUCCAAUCUGGUGCUUCAAAGCCUGAAUGAGCAGAGACACCGCGGCCUCUUCUGUGAUAUUGUUCUAGUAGUGGAAGAGCAGAGAGUUCCUGCCCACCGCAAUCUCCUGGCCGUUUGCAGCGACUACUUCAACUCUAUGUUCACCAUUGGCAUGCGGGAGGCCUAUCAGAAAGAGGUCGAACUGUUUGGAGCCUCUUACAUUGGUCUCAAAGCCGUGGUGGAUUUUCUGUACGGCAGCGAGCUGUCCUUAGAUGGCGGGAAUAUUGACUACGUGCUGGAGACGGCCCAUCUGCUGCAGAUCUGGAAAGUGGUUGACUUCUGUUGCGAGUAUCUCGAGAACGAAGUCAGCGAGGAGAACUAUCUGUACCUGCAGGAGCUGGCUUCUAUCUACAACCUGAAACGCCUGGACUCCUACAUUGACUCGUUCAUCCUGCAAAACUUUGGCACGCUGUCUUUCACACCAGACUUCUUGCAGAACAUUUCCAUCCAAAAACUCUGCCAGUACCUGGACAGCAGCAAUGUGCAGCAGGAGUGCGAGCACGACUUGCUGCAGGCUGCCUUGCAGUGGCUGACACAGUACCCAGAAAGGGAAAAUGAGGCUUAUCAAGUCCUGGACAAUAUCCAUUUCCCGUUGAUACCCAAGAGUGACCUCCUUCACCGAGUCAAGCCGGCUGUCUGCUCUCUUCUCCCAAAGGAAGCCAACUGUGAGGGGUUCAUAGAAGAAGCAGUGAACUACCACAAUAAUGUCACGGCCCAGCCGGUGCUUCAGAACAAGCGGACAGCUCUGCGUACCAAUGAAGAGAGGCUGCUGUUUGUGGGUGGCGAGGUUUCAGAGCGGUGCCUGGAGCUGAGUGACGAUACUUGUUUCUUGGACACCAAAAAGGGGCAGUGGGUAGCAGAAACACCGCUCCCAGCCAGGCGAAGUCAUCACUGUGUUGCAGUGCUGGGAGGUUUCAUCUUCAUAGCUGGAGGCAGCUUCUCCAGAGACAACGGAGGGGAUGCAGCUUCAAAUCUUCUAUAUAGGUAUGAUCCCCGCUGUAACCAGUGGAUAAAGGUUGCCUCCAUGAGACAGCGUCGAGUCGACUUCUACCUGGGAGCCAUUACAGACAUGCUGAUAGCUGUUGGUGGAAGAAAUGAGAACGGGGCACUUUCUUCAGUGGAGACUUACAGCCCGCAAAAAGACUCGUGGUCUUAUAUAGCAGGCUUGCCAAGGUUUACCUAUGGUCAUGCUGGCACCGUCUACAAGGAAUUUGUUUAUAUCUCGGGAGGUCAUGAUUAUCAGAUCGGUCCCUACCGAAAAAACCUGCUCUGCUAUGAUUAUCGUACGGAUGUCUGGGAGGAAAAAAGGCCAAUGAUCACAGCUCGGGGGUGGCACAGUAUGUGCACCUUGGAGGACAGUAUCUACUCUAUUGGUGGCAGCGAUGACAACAUUGAAACUAUGGCACGCUUUGACAUUCUGAGCGUGGAGUCUUACAGCCCGCAGUGCAACCAGUGGACCAGAGUCUCUCCCUUGCUGCAAGCCAACAGUGAGUCUGGAGUGGCCGUUUGGGAAGGCAAGAUUUAUAUUCUGGGAGGCUACAGCUGGGAAGAUACAGUCUUCUCCAAAGCUGUCCAGGUGUAUGACAAGGAAAAGAACAAGUGGUACAAAGGAACUGACCUUCCCAAAGCAAUCGCUGGGGUAUCUGCCUGCGUCUGUGCACUGAAACCCAAAACAGAGGACAAAAAGAAAAAGACAAAAACAAAGAAGUAUUCAGAUCGAGGGAGAUGACUACCUGUGGAUAACCCCCCUUUGCGGGCAGAUUCCAGAGGAACUUUGUAUUUAAUCAUCUCUUUCUAACUUUGAUUUUAUUUUUUAAGGAAGAAAGAAAAACUGCUGAAACCUUGGAAAAUAUGCAGAUGGACAUUUUGGUUAAGGUUCAUUUGAAGGACGAAAGUACCUAUGGGAGUGGGGUAGCAAAGGAAGUUCUGCUACCCCACUGUAUAUUUAGAUGUAGUUUAUUAACUUUUGUGGUUCUUGGCAUUUCCACACUUCUAAUAUUAAAAGUAAAAAGGCUGUACAAAAAUUGGCCUAGAAAAUUAAGUGGUGGAGAGGUAAAGAGGACUAAGUAUUCUCUUCGAUGUUACAAAGCAGUACAGAAAAGUAUAGAAAGGAUUGCUACUGAAAACUGAUCCAGAUCUUGAAGUUUGGUGUAAAUCCUGAUUUAUUUAUAUAUUUUUCUUCAUGAAAUAUCAUUUGCAGUAUGUUCUAAAUUAUUAGUAUGAGAUUUCUGGCAUGAGGUUUACUAGUGAAGGUAGAAGUAAAUACCAAGGCAACUUGAUGAGUAUAACUCUACUGUACCCUUAAAUUUGAGCGACUAUAAUUAAAUGACCAAAGAGUGGAUGGUCUGAUCAGUGAUGUAGCAGACAUGGCUGUAUAGGUGACGUGGGUUCAGGUUUUUUGCUCCACUGGUCUUUUCCCUGGUGCAGUGAUCUGUAUGGUCCAGGAGAUGCAAUGUAACCCUAAAGUCACUGUUGGAAUUCACAAACCUUGUGCAACAAAAGCCAAUAAUAUCUUUUGGUUUUCUUGGUUUCAUCUACUUCUUGGUUGUGUCUUUAAAUCUUUCUUUGAACCCGAGUUUGGGGAGAAGCCACAUAACUUUGUGCUUGUUUCAAAGCAGUUGGAAUGGAAAAACUUCACUGUGGGCUUUGGGGCUCUGUUGUGAACUUGAGACAAAGUGUAAAUCUCUCCACAACCCUGUCUCACCAAGGGCAAUGGCCUGAAGAGACAAGUUUGCAAGGGGUGGAAACUGUUGCAUUCAGCGUGGUUUUUGCUGACCGGUAUAAAGGGAUCACGUGCAGUAUGUCUGUAUUGCCAUCUCUCUCUCUCACCCAAACGUGUUUUUAAUGUGACUGGCAACUCCAAGUGAGCAGACUUUGGUUAGAACAGUAGUAAAGACAACACAACUUGGGUUUUUACUCUUGCGCAAAUUGCCUUGUUUUCCUGCUGUUUUAACCCUUUUAAAGUUAAAUUUGGGACAUGCUUCUUGUGCCCUAAGAAGAGUCCAAGCCAGGACUCCAUCUGGGACAUGAGAUUCAAGUGGAGGAAGAAAUGCAUUUUAGAAUGGCAUUGGAAGAAGUGACCUUUUUGCCCACCAAAGUAAAGAGAUUUUGAUUGAAAUGGCAUUGUUUCUGGAGGAUACAACAAAAUGUCUGCUGGAGGCUUCAGGUUCACCAACUGUCUGGCCAGCUUGUGACUGUUCACCCUAACGCAGGUUAAAACCUACCUUGUGUUUAUGACAGGUUUGCAAGAAGUUCAACACCAGCAAUUGGAUCCAGCCCUUGUGAUUGCUAUAAUUAUGCCAUGCCACGGGUUACAAUUUCUACUCCAAACACACAAUGAUUUUUAGAAAAUUUUGGAACCUUUUGUACUUUUUUAUAACACAUUUUGCUAAUACCUAGUCGCUAGUUUGCCAUAUGAUGUUAUGUACUCUUUUGAAAUUGCAGCUCUGUCGUUAUUGUCAGGGACUCAUCUUUUGGUGGCUCUUUCAGGUUUUGUGUAGUAAGUUGGGGUGCGAUGCAGCUGGUCAAGCGGCAUUUGCAUUCUCAGUCUUGUUCGGCAGUCAGGGCUAUAAUUGGGACUAUUGUGAGGCCUCUUCACUGGCAGUUCAGCUAGUCAGAUGUGGUAAUAAAUGUUCUUUAUUGUCAGUAUUGGUGGUGUCAAGAGCCUUGGUUUAAAGUUCUGCUGGGUGCUAUUGAUGCAUUCCCCACCCUUCAAUUGCUUUCCAGUCCUCCUCUUUGUGCAACGUAACCAUGUAUUUCGGAUCUGCCUUUUUCCUGCUGUCCCACGUACAACUGAUGCCCUGUCUGCUUUAUCCUACUCCCGUAUAUUCAGCUUAUUCAUGGGAAAACUCUUCUGACUUCCUUUGCACUUUAAAAACGAUUCAUUAUCCACAUCACUUGGAACAAUUUAGAGAUCUCUUUAAGAUAUAUGAAGAGCUCCUUUGCCUAAAAAGGUCGAUCUUGUGAGUAGCCAGCAUGCAAAAAAGAAACGUAAUGCCUAAUGACAUGAAAGGGUUACAGAAAACCCUUUCAGGGCAUGUAUCUUAAAAAACUCCUUGGGAUAUUUUGAGUGUCUUUUUGUUUAAAAAAUAAUUACUAAAUUGAAUGAGUUAAAGUUCUUCAUGUGUAGUAAUGAUGGCUGGAAUUCUGUUUUGAUAAAUAUUGGUACAUUGCAUGAAGUAAUAUUUGGGGGUUUUUCAUUCUAGAAAAAUAUUCUAGAAAAAUACUAGAAUAUUUAACGGAUAACAAACUGAGUGAGUAGCAGGUUUACGUAUCUGACAUCUUGCCUGUGUUAACUCCUUUUUUCCCCUUUUUUGGCAAAGUUUCAUGUGUAAAUACACCACAAAAAUCCUAAGACUCUUCUUUGUCUCUCUUAUUGUCUGCGUGUUACUGUAUUUUUGCCUGUUUUACUCAAAUGUGCUCUUAUGUUAUGUUCUUGAUGCAUUUAAAACGUGAAAAAAAAAAAGAAUCCAGAUUAUGUUCAGAAUACCAGA